AUGAGUGGAUUAGCCUCGAAAUGGGCAACAGAAGAAGAAUUGAUCAAUAGAGCAAAAACACAGGAUAAUGAAUCUCGUAAACAUGUAACACCUAAAUCGUCAAUUCCUAAUAAAAACGAUACACCAAAACCGUUGGAGAGUAAAUGGGCAAAUGUUUCAAGCGAGGCUGCUAAUACGUCGACACAUAAGGAUAAUCGCAAUAAAUUCGAUGAUUCUUUCAAAUAUAACAGAUCUGGCAGGAAGAAUAGAGGUAGAAACGAUCGAAAACAUGGCAGCGAAGCAUAUGGCUCAUUGCCAUCACCUCCUUCGACAGCAGAAUACAAUAAUUCUCCAAAUAAUUCAAAUGAUUCUCAUGUGCCUCGAGCCGGUUCUGGUAACACUCCGAGAGGACCUCGUGCUUAUCAAAAUCAAACACCUGCAAAGGAUAGACAAGGAAAAUAUGCUACAAACAAGAAAGUCGACCACGCCGAAGAAUCUGAAAAAGAGCAAACCACUCCGAUGUCCAAAGCUGGUGCAUCCUUUGCUGCAAGAUUGGGCGUACCAUCAAAUAAAACAGAGAAUGCUACGAGCAAUGUCCCCGACGAUGACUUCGAAAGCACGGACGAAGAACUCACUGAUGAAGAGGACGAUGGAUUUGAAGACACAACAGAAAGUGAGGAUGAAAAAGAAGAAGAUUUACCUCCUAUAACAAGUGCUGGGCAGUCUCUUGCGUCUAGAUUAGGUAUGGUAUCAAUUUCUAAUUCUAAAUCUGAACCACCAAAGCCUAAACAAAAUGUCAAGCAAACACAACUGAAACCAAGACAAGCAAAUGAUCCUCCAAGACAAGCAAAAUCUCCAAAGGGUGCUUAUCAAACACCUAAGCAGAAACGAGAAGAACAAGCCAGAAAAGAGCAGGCAGAAAAGGAAAGAUUGCAAAAGCAGAAAGACGCGAAGUUAAAAGAGGAGGUUCGAGACAUGUUUAGCAAGCUUACUAGUUCUUCAGCAAAUUGGGCAGAUUUAGAAGACGAAGAUUAA